AUGGACCGGGUGCCCAUUGUCUGUGACUAUGGCUCUGGCUUCAGCAAAGUGGGCUUUGCCGGGAACAAGGACCCGCUGGGCGUCUUCCCCACCGUCCUGGGAAAGCUUCGGCACGACAGGGUGUUUGUGGGCCUGGAGGAAGAGGAUUGGUUCAUUGGCAGCGAGGUCUACCAGAAUCUGGAGAAACUCAGCCUGCACUACCCCAUCAGCCGGGGAGCCAUCCACAGCUGGGAUGACCUGGAAAAGAUUUGGCAUUACUCCUUCUAUCACCUGCUCCACAGCAACCCCAAGGAACAUCCUCUGAUGCUGUCAGAGCCACCUUUAAUCCCCUUCUCUGUCAAAGAGAUUGCAUCUCAGAUCCUGUUCGAGACCUUCAAAGUGCCUGCCCUGCACUUAGCCAACCAGGGAGUGCUCGCCAUGUUUGCCUCGGGCCACACCUCCGGGAUGACGAUCGAGUCUGGAGAGGGCAUGACUUACUUUGUGCCCGUCAUCGAUGGCUGUCCUUUGAGUCGCUCCACCACCAAGCUCGACAUCGCCGGCCAAGACCUCACCUUCCACCUCAUGCACCUGCUAGACAGGGGGAACCUGCUCCUGGGCACAGCUGACCGAGAGUGCAUCAGGAACAUGAAGGAGAAGUGCUGCUUCGUGGCGCAGGACUUUGACAAGGAAAAGGAGAGCAGCCGGGCGCUUUCCCAGCAGAAGACCUUCCAGCUGCCCGACGGCCGGGAGGUCAGCCUGGGCCAUGAGGCCUUCCUGUGCCCCGAGGCCCUUUUCCAGACCAGCCUAAUAGGGAGAAGCACCGAGGGGAUCCACAUGUUCACCCUCCGCACCAUCACCUCCUGUGACAGAAUCUUCUGGAAGACCCUCUUGGGCCACAUUUUGCUGUCUGGAGGCACCAGUUGCUUCCCUGGCUUGAAGCAAAGGCUGCAGAGGGAAGUGGUCCGGCUGGCUUGCAGCUACUUUCAUGUGAAGGUGGCCACCUCCCCCUAUGCCAAGAACAGUGCCUGGACCGGCGGCUCCAUCUUGUGCUCGCUCUCGACGUUCAAGGACCUGUGGGUGACCAGGAAAGAGUAUGAGGACAUGGGUGCCUCCAUCUUCAGCCGACGGAGCUUCUGA